UAAUCCGAAAACUGAAAGCCAAGUCCUUUGCUCUUCCCUGUGCUGAGCCUCAGUGGAGAUAAACACACUCCCCCAGCAGCAAGGACGUUGUACUGCUGUACUGCUGGCUGCAGGCUGCCUCAUGCAGGACAGGCAGGCAGCGAGCGAUCUGCUGCCAAAUGACCUCUGUCAGCACUCAGAAAGAAAAAGACAACAGCCACCUGUGUUACCAGGAAAGGCCAAGCUCAACUAAUGGGAAACUAAGGGAAGAGAAGAAGCAGAAAAGCAUCCUAGCAUCACCAUCUAGUGGUCUCUGUGUUCAGCAGAAUAAAUCCAGCGCCCGUAGGUCCUUUCUUGUGGAUGAUUCCUCUGUUAACUGUAUUGCAAUCUGCCAAAAGGUGCUGGCCAGAGGCCAUCACCAGCGUCCCCAGAGGUCGAGCAAGAGGCUGGUGCUGGUGGCAAUGCUCACCUAGGAGCCGGGUGAUACGCCAGCCUCCACACCGUGCCACAAGCACACGGCCAGGCUGAGGGAACCCUAGCACCUGACCGCACCAUGGAGCCCAGCCCUGAGAUGAAGAGGAAUAGGUUACCCAGCAUGAACUUUGAAGCAGAGAUUCUGGCAGAUCCACACGAUAAUUCAGAGCUGUAUGUCAUCCCUUCCAUGAGGAGCCUCACGGCUGAGGAGUAUGUAGAGGCCUUUCAGUCAUUUUUGGAUCACUCAACAGAGCACCAGUGUAUGGAUGAGUUCAACAAGGAAGUGAUGCCACACAUCAUGGCUGGUCUCGGCAAUGGAAAAUCGACUAUAAACAUUCUGGGAGUAGGGAGCGGCACAGGUGAACAGGAUCUAAAAAUGAUCCAGAUCCUGCAGGCUGCACACCCAGGGGUCCUUAUUAACAAUGAAAUCAUAGAGCCCAACCCGCAGCACGUGGCCACCUACAAAGAGCUGGUUAAUCGAGCUCCAGAUCUGCAGGGGGUCUCUUUUACUUGGCACCAGCUUACUUCCUCGGAGUAUGAACAACAGGUGAAAGAGAAAAACACACACAAGAAGUUUGAUUUCAUCCAUAUGAUUCAGAUGCUGUACCGUGUGGAAGAUAUUCCUAACACCAUCAAGUUUUUCCACAGCUGCCUCAACCAUCAGGGUAAACUCCUGAUCAUAAUUCUGUCAGACAGCAGCGGUUGGGCCAGCUUAUGGAAGAAGUACAGGCAUUGCUUGCCUUCAACUGACAGUGGCCACUACAUCACCUCCGACAGCAUCACAGCGGUUCUGAGGAAGCUUGGCAUCAAGUACCACGUUUACGAGUUCCCAUCAGACUGGGACAUCACCCAGUGCUUUAUUGAGGGGGACCCAGAUGGAGGCCAUAUGAUGGAUUUUCUGACGGGGACGAAAAACUUCCUGGGCACAGCACCCAUGGCUAUGCGGAGCCGCCUGCAGGAGGCUCUCUGCCAGCCCGAGUGCAGCAGUAGGAAGGAUGGGAGAGUCAUUUUCUGCAACAAUCUCAGUAUGAUCGUAGUGGAAUCCUAAAGCCUGGACCAACUUGCAGAGGUGACGUAGGGCAAUGCAAUUGUAAGGCAAAGCUGAGAUGGGCAGGCAGGGGAGUAGGGCUCAUCCAUCCCAGUCGGGGAGGCUGGAACAGCCUGUGAUGUAAAGGAUUAUCUCUUUUUCUUCUAUCUCAUCUAACUCUCCCCUCUUUUAGUUUUAAACCGUUUCCUUUUUUCCUAUUUUAACUGAGCCUGCUAAAGAGGCUGACUGUUUCUUUCUCAUAGACCCCUUUAGAUGCUUGAAGUCCACUCUCAGGCCUCCUUCUCUAGGCUGAACAGCCCCAGCUCUCAGCCUGUCCACAUAGGAGAGUUGUUCCAUCCUUUGGAUCAUUUCUGUGGUCCUCCUCUGGAUGCACUCUAACAGGUCCAUGUCUCUCCUGUACUGAGGACUCCACAUCUGGAUGCAGUACUCCAGGUGAGG